UCCUUUUUCUUUUUCCCUUGGGUGGAAUGCAGGCGUGAGAAACGCACUCAAAGGAAAAUGCAAGUGCUUAAGUGCAUGUCCACCUUCCCACUUUCCUUUACUUUUCAAUCAUAAUUAUGCAAAUUUUCAUUUCAAAUAUGCCAAACAAUAAUCAUUUUAAUCUCAAUCACACAACAAGAAUGGCCUUCAAUAACAAAUCCAAGAAACCCCAUUUCUCUUCUCAUCAUUUCAGUCUUUGCACUACUCUUUUCUUCAUUGUUCUUUUCACUAUUCCUGCUCUCUUUCUCCUUCACACUCAUCCAUCUUCCAUCUGUACCACCCUUUCUGUUUCCACCCAUUCCAAGCCUUGGUCUGGUGAUCUACGUGCUGCCGAAUUUGCAUGGAAUCGUCUUUUGUUCGGUGAAAUUCAUCAACCGCCUCCUCUCAAGCUCAGAGUUGCUGUUUUCUCUCGCAAAUGGCCUAUUGGUACUACCCCUGGUGGUAUGGAACGUCAUGCCUAUACUCUACACACUUCUCUAGCUCGCCGAGGCCAUCAGGUUCAUGUCUUCACCUCUCCUCUAGAUGGAGAAAGCUCAUCUCUUUCUCCUCUAUUCUCAUCUCUUUCUCCUCUAUUCUCUUCUCCUCAAAUUCACUGCCAUGAAGGCGAGCCAGGUAAGUGGAGAUAUAACAAAGCUUGGGAGCAAUUCUAUGAAGAGAAUCAACGCCAACCUUUCGAUGUUGUUCACUCAGAAAGUGUAGCUCUUCCUCAUUGGCUUGCUCGAGAUGUCCCAAAUCUUGCUGUUUCUUGGCAUGGUAUUGCCCUUGAGAGUUUACAAUCUGAUAUCUACCAAGACUUGACAAGAAAAUCCAACGAGCCCAUUUCGCCGGCGGCCAAUAGAAGUAUGCGAGGAGAUGUCCUUAAGGUUCUUAAUGAGAUAAGGUUCUUCAAGAGCUAUGCUCAUCAUGUAGCCAUAAGCGAUAGUUGUGGAGAGAUGCUGAGAGAUGUGUACCAAAUCCCAAGAAACAGAGUUCAUGUGAUUGUGAAUGGUGUAGAUGAGGAUGAUUUUAGAGAAGAUGUGAGAUUAGGCCAUGAGUUUAGGUCUAAAAUUGGUGUCCCACCAAAUGCAAGUUUAGUUCUUGGUGUUGCUGGAAGAUUGGUGAAGGACAAAGGCCAUCCUCUACUCUAUGAAGCCUUUUCCAAGCUCAAAACAAAGUACCCUAACGUCUAUUUAAUAGUGGCCGGUUCUGGACCAUGGCAACAAAGAUACAAGGAUUUAGGGGCACAAGUCCUAGUUUUAGGGUCUAUGAGUCCUUCAGAAUUAAGGGCAUUCUACAAUUCUAUUGAUAUAUUUGUGAAUCCAACGCUUAGACCACAAGGGCUUGAUCUUACUCUCAUGGAAGCAAUGAUGAGUGGAAAACCAGUCAUGGCAUCAAGAUUUCCUAGCAUCAAAGGAACCAUAGUUGUGGAUGAUGAGUUUGGUUACAUGUUUUCACCAAACGUCGAGUCGUUGCUUGAAACAUUGGAAAUGGUGGUGAUGGAAGGCUCAAAGAGAUUGGCACAGAGAGGAAAGGCUUGCAGAGAAUAUGCAGUUUCCAUGUUUACCGCUCGGAAGAUGGCAUUGGCUUAUGAAAGGUUGUUCCUUUGUAUUAAGAAUCAAACAUUUUGCGCCUAUCCUUAAUAUGGCUACACAUUUUUCUCUUUCCCUUGUUGUUCAUAUUUUUCAUUUUUAUUAUUGAAAGUGAGAAAUUAUCGGA